AUGUUCAAAGGAAAGGAAAAUAACCAUGGCUUGCAGGGACAGAGAAUGACAGGAGACACUUAUGUCUUUGGUGGUGGCAACAGCCACGUGAACCGAUCCAUAAUGGCCAACUCCAACAAUCAGAUGAACCAGCUCAGUGUGGCCGACCCCAACACCACGACCAACCCCUUCAAUGGUUACCAGCAACAGCAUGAGAUCUUUUAUCAGCAACCGUCUUGGGGAUAUCCGGUGGUCGCGCCAACCGUGAACACGAGAUUCAUGCCCAUCAAUGGCAAUUCGACCCAGCCAGUGUACUACACCACCCAAUUCGCCUUCACUGCAGGCGAGAACGAUCCGGGAAACGGAGCAAGUGUAUUCGGUGAUGAUCUCUGA